AUGAGUGCGCCCACGCCAGAGAUCAUAGCGACAUGGCCUACUCCAAACUACGACAAUCCCAAGAGUAUCAAAACGUCCAUCGAGGCUGUGGUCUACUCGACCACCAUUGCUAUGCUUCUCUUUGUCGGAUCUCGAAUUUUUGUCCGGACGAAGUCCAAACUUGGCAUGGGCGUCGAUGACUGGUUCAUGACCGCAGCUGCAGUACGUAUAGGCACCACCCUCCUUCAACGCAAAUCUAAAAGGCACAGAUCUUGGCUUGCGUGGAGACCGCGACCAUUCUUUACUGCACGCAGCAUGUCGCUGGACGCCAUCUUUACGACGUUAGACCGGAUUUCUUUCCGACUUGGAUUAAGGCCAAUUGAAUCUCUCUGGAACCCCGCCGUAAAGAAGGGCCGCUGUCUCGAUGUCAAAGCUCUAGUCUUAGCCAGCAUGGCCGUCAAUACCGUUUCUGACUUCAUCAUCUUCCUUUGGCCCGUAAUCCCCCUAUGGAAAGUUCAGAUUUCGCUACGGCAGCGUCUGAACCUUGUCACAGUAUUUGGUUUCGGAAUGGUGACAUGUGUUGGUGCCAUCGUCAAAAUACAUUUUGCAAAGAAAUAUCAGGAAAACUGGGAUAGUACAUACCUGGCUGGAUACCUGCUCAUCAUGCUCACCAUCGAAUACAACGUCGGUAUCAUGUGCGGCUGCCUGCCCUGCCUACGACCAUUGCUCGUCAUGAUCUUUCCAAAACACUUCGCCUCCUCUUCCGCCGCGCGAGCCAACUACCCAAUUCAAACCAUCGGCAGUGCAGGCGGCCGCAGCAUGCCUUUCCGCAGCCACCCGUCCAACUCGAUCAAGCUGGCUGGCGACGACAUGUACACCUAUACCGACACCUUUGAGCUGGACGAUUCGAAGGACGCCGCCAAAAACCCGGGACAUUCGUGGGUGGAAGGCGGAAGACCGGGUGAGGGCACUUUGGCGCCGCAGAAUGGGAUUCAUAUACAGAGGAAUAUCUCGGUGCAGCAUGAUAGGCCGCCGCCGACGAUCAGGGUUACGGCUGAUGCGAGUAGCGAAGAGUGGAUAAUGAAGGAGGAUCAUCCUCAUCACCCUCUGCCUUAA